AAAAUUGACAGAGGAAAUUGGUGGGGCUACAUGACUCUAAAGUCACCUAUAUAUUUGUGCAUGAUUGUGUAAAUAAAGAAUAAGGCAAGUGACAUUCAUAGAAAAUUGAAUGGAGAGAAAGGUUUUGGGACAAGAUCCAUCAAGAAACAGAAGGGUUAUUUGCUUUUUGGCAUUUAAGGUUUGAAUGGUAUUAGCAUAUAUAGAUAGAUAUUUGUGAAGGGAAGGGCUUCUCUUUAAAAGUUAAAACCUAUUUGUGAGUCGGGGCACGACACUCUUUGGGUUUGGGUAUUGAGGUCUCAACUCUCAACUCAAUGCAAGCCCUUUGCUUGUUCCCUUCCCAUUUCUGAUCCGAUUAGGUGGCCAUUAGUGAGUUGACUGGAUGGAAUUGGUAGACAUACUUCCAAUGGUUCAAUAAUCUUGAAUUUGAAACAUGGAAAGGCUGUUAUCUGAACUCUUUAUGUUUGGGACUCUGUAGCAAUAUACAACAUAUUUUUUCUGAAUUUGAUUCAGGUGAUAAUGUUAAUACAAAGUUCUCUUGGUUCAGUUGAAGCUGGUCUAUGUUACGUAUCUGAUGAUGAGAAAGAUGUUCUAUGUGACCGGAUGCCUAGUGAUGAAACUUGGCAGGUGUGUCUGAAAUGCAACAAGUACCCCCUUAACUGGUGUAGAAAAGCUGAACCAAUGGAAGAGAAUGGAAGGAAUGCUGAUGGUCCUCGCAAUGCAAACUUUCUAAGUAGCUUUGGUCGGCCAUCAACUGCAAGUAUAAUGACUGAAAACACUGCACGUAAUAUGGUAUACAGGAGAAAGAAGCUACGUAAGGACUCAAUUACCUCUCUUUUUAAGCAAGGGCCAACUAAUAUGCAGACAAGUGUCAAUUGCCCUUCAGUUAUAAGUUCCUCUGCGCGUUUAUCAUCAGCUGAGGAUCAGCCAGCUGGUUUUCAAGUUAAGCAUCAAAUUGAAAUGGUUAAAGAUCCUACUGUGCCAUCUGUUUCAUUUGAUGGAGUAGCCAAAGAUAACAGACAAAACACCGUAGGUAUUGACAGUGUAAAUGAUAGUUGCUCCUCUUCAAAGUCAAAUAUUGAACCUGCUUCAGAUUCCAUAGAAACUGAAAUGGAUGAAUCUGGUGAAUGCUCCUCCUCCAGUGUAAUAGUUAUAGAUGCCACAAGGGAAGAAUUAACUGAAAAGGAUUUCUGCAUUAAUAUAUUAAGAAGCCAUGGACUUCUUGGAAGAGAUUCUCUUGCAGAUAAUUUGGAUUCAGUGGAAAAUGCUGUUACCACUGGUAAUAGCUGCUGUUCCAGGUCAUGCAAAAUAUGUGGUAAUUUGGACAGUUCAUUGAAGAUGCUUUUAUGUGAUCGUUGUGAAGAUGCAUAUCAUCCAUCUUGCUACAAUCCACGUUUGAAAAAAUUACCAAUUGACGAGUGGUUUUGUCAUUCAUGUCUUAAAAAAAGGCAGAAAAUUCUUAAGGAGACAAUUAUCAGAUCACCAGGCCACCAGAGUGAUAUGGGCAAAUGUAGAACUGCCUCAGUUAAGGCUGAAUUGAAUCCCAUACUAAUGAUGUUGAGAGACACUGAGCCAUAUACAACCCGUGUGAGGGUUGGCAAAGGUUUUCAAGCAGAAGUACUUGACUGGUCAGCGCCAAUAAGAAGUGAUGAAGAUGAUCUUCCUGAACCAUUUGAAAUUAAUCCUUCAGAAUUUUCUAGACUACAGGAAGAGAAUCUGAGAAAUCCAACUAGACUCAGUUCCAUUGGUAAUUGGCUUCAAUGUCGGGAGGUUAUAGAUAGAGCCAAUGGAACUGUAUGUGGUAAAUGGCGCAGGGCUCCGCUUUUUGAAGUUCAAACUGAUGAUUGGGAAUGCUUCUGUGCAAUCCAUUGGGAUCCAUAUCAUGCUGAUUGUGCUGUACCUCAGGAGGUGGAAACAGAUCAAGUUCUGAAGCAACUCAAGUAUAUAGAAGCGCUGAGGCCGCGACUUGCUCCUAAACAAAGAAAUUCAGAUAGAACGAAUAAUGGUGAUUGAAGAAUCAGCAGUCUGGUGAGAAAGCUCGUUUUGUUCUUGUUCUUGUAUAUUGUCCAAUCUGGUCAUACAAACCCAAAUUGAGAUUGUUCCAUGCCAUCCACUGGCAUUUUGCUUUUUAGGCAUUAUAAGCCGGCUUUCGAGAUGUUUCAUACAUGUUUUUUCUUUCGAAUUUUGUAUACAUGGUUUUGCUUAAGGUGACCAAUCCUUUAAAACGAAACUAUAGCUCUAAAUAACAUUC